AUGGCUGAGAUAGAGAAGUUGAAAUCAGAGAUCUGGAAGAAACAAGGAAGUAGUCCCGCUGUCCCUUCCCAAGAGGCUAGCUGCUCACCUAAAUUCAGGGAAGGUGGGCAGAAUCAACAAGUGGCAAGGAAGAAUCUAAAGGACUCAUUUGAUGCAGAACUUGAACCACUCAGAGAGAAUAGUGACAUUGGUGAUGAGUGUAAUCAUAUACUGUCCGUGGCUGAGCAUGUUGAUGAGAAACAACAUGAAAAAGAAAGAGAAAAGAAUGAGAGAGAAGAUCAAGAAAUUGAUACUGUGGAGAAGCUUGUGGAAGUUGGAGGACUUAAAGUAGAGAAGAAAGCAGAAAAAGAUGUCUUCGUUGAUGUUGAUUCCGGGGAGAGCCAAAUGGCACAGCUUGCUGUUGGUUCUGUGGACAAUAUUGUUGCACAUGCAAAGGUGUAUGGAUUCUCCCGGAUGGAUGACCUCACCCUACAUGGUGAAAAACUGGGUGAAGAAUAUGCAAAGGUGUCCAUUACAGAAGCAAUAAAAGAUGUUGACAUUCCAGUCCCAAUCCCCGGUGAAGUACUUACUGUUGAACAAGCCAAAGGAACUUUUGUAGCAUGGCUUAAGGAGCUGAUAGUCUUGGAUGUGCUUCUUAAAGGAAAGAGCAAUUUAAAAACUGUCAAAAAGAAAAAGGCCACUAAAAGAUUGAAAAAGGCACAUGUUCAAGACGAUGAGGAAUGUGGCCAAGAGUUCCAAGUAGAAUUUGGUGCUGAGUAUCCACUGCAGUUGAAACGGCUAUGGUUGUGGGCUAAGGAAGCAUUGUCUGAUGAUAGAGCACAUACUUUUGUCCUUAAUAAAGAUGCCUUUGGGGUGGAAAAGAAGUUAUCAGUUUUUCU